CGCCACGAGUUUUUGUCGUUCGGGCUUCUCCUACCGCUCGCCUAACCAGAAACCAAAACGUUUUUUCUCCGGCGAAAUUAACGGUCCCCUGCCUGAUUCCGACCGCCGUAUCGAAGCCCGAUGGAGAAUCAGCCCUUGUCUUCUUCCCCUCUCUCCCCCUACGAGCUUCUCGUCCAAGCUCUCUCCCUCCUCCCCGUUCGUCAUUACGUCUUCGCAGUCCUCGUGGCCUGGAUCGUCCUCCUAUACUACUUCCUGGAGUUCCAUUUCUUCGAGGAUUUGAUUCUGGGGCACUUCACCGGCCGCGUGAAUCUGACGUGCAGUCCCGAUUCCCCUGUUUACAAUGGCGUCGUCUCCCGGUGCAAAAUCCUUCACGGCCGGUAUGCGGCGACGCCAUGGCUCUCGAGUCCUCAUAUUCAGACAUGUUUCCUCAAUUUCUUCGGAAUGCCUCCGGUUUUCAACUACAGGAGACAGAUAUUUCGUGCUUCUGACGGAGGAACAAUUGCAUUGGAUUGGCUGAUGAGCUCUGAUGUUGUGGAUGGUUCUGUUCAUAAGCAUAACGAAAUCAGACAGGAUGAUACAACAGCUAUUGCUGUCGUGGUUCCUGGUUUGACGAGCGAUUCCUCAUCUGCCUAUCUAAAACACCUUGCCUACAGCACAGCAAAGGCUGGUUGGAAUGUUGUUGUUAGCAACCACCGAGGACUGGGUGGUGUCUCAGUAACUUCUGAUUGCUUCUACAACGCUGGAUGGACAGAAGAUAUACGGGUAGUUGUCGAUUAUCUCCAUCACGAAUAUCCGAUGGCUCCUCUGUUUGCAGUUGGAACCAGCAUUGGUGCAAAUAUUCUGGUCAAAUACCUUGGGGAGGAGGGUGAGAGGACUCCUAUAGCCGGUGCUGUCGCUAUUUGCUCUCCUUGGGAUCUCUUGAUAGGUGACAGAUUCAUAUGCCGGAAGCUGAUACAAAAGCUCUAUGAUAGAGCUCUCGCUAUUGGACUCCAAGGUUACGCCCAAUUACAUGAACCUCAAUAUUCACGGCUUGCUAACUGGGAUGGCAUAAAAAAGUCACGUUCAAUCCGGGAUUUUGACUACCAUGCAACCUGCCAUGUUGGGAAAUUCGAGACAGUGGAUACGUAUUACCGGCGGUCUAGCAGCGCCCAAUAUGUGAGCAGUGUGUCAAUUCCGCUUCUCUGUAUAAGUGCUCUGGAUGAUCCAUUAUGCACGAGGGAAGCUAUUCCCUGGGACGAAUGCCGGGCAAAUGAAAAUGUUGUCUUGGCUACAACAAAGCAUGGAGGGCACCUCGCUUUCUUUGAAGGAUUCACGGGCUCCGGCUUGUGGUGGGUUAGGGCUGCCAAUGAGUUUCUUAGUGUACUAAGCCGUAGUCGUUAUAUGCAUGCGCCGAAGAAGAUUCAAGAGACGGCCGUACAAUCGACACAGGAACCCUCCAUUAACCAAGGUCCGUACGUAAAUGUCGCAGAAGACGGACUGGUCGCUGCAGUGACCUACGAGCAAGACGAUGAUACGGAACAGAUGGAAGCAAAUCACUUGUCCGAAUCCAGACGGAAGCCUGAGGUUGUUCUGUUCUUCAACGAACUGGCUAGAUUGGGAGGACGAUCUAGGUGGCCGAUUGGGUGCAUGGCUCUGGUCACUGGUUUCCCGUUACUAGGGCUCGCUCUGAGUUACGUGUUCGGCAAGAAACGAAGAUCUGCCACCAAGUAAUAACAACUACAAGGCCAUUGCGAUUCAAAUGGUACAGGUUUCUCCGUACAAACGCUAGUUAUUGAAGACAUUACCUUAUAUAUGCAUAUACGUACAUAUAUAUAUAUAUAGUAUUUCUUUGGGUAAGGAACGAUCGUGUUGUGGUCGUAAUUUUAUAUGUUGUGAUUUUACAUUUGUUAAUGUGUAUGUAAUAGCGUCUGGCAUACCAAAUUGUCAAGUUUUCUUUUUCAUUUUUUAUUUUAUUUGGGAUUCAAGUUG